CACCCGACUAGUGACAGGAAAGAACGAAAACACUAGUGUUUUGAGACUACAUUCGAACAAAAUCGUUGGGUUUGGAUUGACAGUUGCCUGAUCCUGGUGCCCUGGUUGAGGCCUUGAUAAGCCUGCUGGAUUCUUGCAAUUACGUUUUUUCAUGGGUGCCUUGAAAAAUAUUCGUUGUUGAAGAAAGGACAUCAUUCAAGAUGACAGAAUUUUUGUCUGGCAACAGCCCUUGCGAACGAUUUGUUUUGGGUCUCGUUUCAAGAGGAAACUAUAUCAUAGCUGAGCUCUUGCGUGUCAAAGAGACGAUUCCAGAAGAAUUUAAAACUGUGCCAAAGAAAAGGCAACCACAGAGCUUUGCAGAUGUCAUUUUUGACUUCAGCUACUUCAAAAAUGCUGACGAUAUUGAGAAAAAACUGGAGAAUAAUUCGCGCCUGCAAGAACUAGACGCUCUGCUUCGGGAACGACACACAGUCACCUUGCAGAGCUGCUACGUAGUUUUGGAAGAAAUCCACAAAUACGCAAUCGACCUGAACCAGCUGGUUGCAGACCUGGAAGGUGGCAAGUUUCUCCAGCAAAGUCUAGAGUCGAUGAUGACUGGAAACGAGAGCAAGCAGCUGAUGUGUGAAGCCUUGUAUUUGUACGGCGUCAUGCUGAUAGUUUGCGAAACUCACAUUCCUGGAAGCGUAAGGGAAAAGCUGCUAGUCAGCUGCUACCGAUACAACGCUCAAAAUGCCAAGUCUUCCGGCACCUCGCUCGACGACGUUUACAAACUGAUGCGAUCUUGCAGUUCCACGAGCCACUUCCAUGAAGACCUCUUCAUGAGGGUUCCUUUGAAUGAUGACUAUGUGGAGCAAGUGCUCGACUGUCUUCGUACGGACGACAUUUACCACCAAGUGGUCGCCUACCCCCUUCCGCAGCAUCGCAGUGCUGCUCUGGCCACGCAGGCUGCCAUGCUUUACGUUUGCCUCUACUUUUGUCCCACGGUGCUGCACAACCAGGUUCCCAAAAUGAGGGAAAUCGUCGAUAAAUACUUUCCCGACAAUUGGGUUAUAAACGUGUACAUGGGAUUGACUGCAAACCUGGCGGAGGCGUGGGAGCCUUACAAAGCGGCCAUUGCCGCGCUUUCCAACACGCUGGACUCUUCCAACCUUAGGGAUUACUCAUCGAGGAGGCACGAAAAGCUCAAGAAAAUCCUUCACCAGAGCAAGCAGAUGCUGCUCGAAGGCUACUUGAACGAGGAAUUUGUCCUGAGCCAUGUGACCAAUGUGAUAGCUUUGUUGAGAGAGUGCAACAUUACGUUGCGCUGGUACAUGCUGCAUUCGGCUGGCCUGUCGCCAGCCGCUGAGAGCAACAAAAGGAGCAAGCACGCCCAAGACCUGAUGAUGCAAGAUUCAAAAUUUAACGCCAAAGACAUAUUCCAGCUUUUGCUCAACACCUCGCAACUUGAAUUAAAGAUUAAAGAAUUUUUCAAGCAGUUGCUGAAAGAAAAGUCAGUAAAGUGGACUGCGCACCGACUGGAGUCUCAAGAACGACUACAAGAGUUGUCAGAUUUAUUUUCAGGCACUAAAGCUCUCCCGAAAGUCAACAAAAAUGAGAGUCUGCAAAACUGGUUUGCCGAAACAGCCUCCACUAUUGAAUCGUUGGAUAUUGAAGAGAAAACGUCAAAAAAUAAAAUCUUCAACCUCGUUCAAGCUUUGGAAGAAGUGCAAGUUUUCCAUCAGCUGGACAGCACAGUAGAAGUGCGGCAGUGUCUGGAGGACACCAGAAACCUGCUCAAAAGAAUGCUGAGAUUGUCAACCGUGAAGGAGGAGUGGCUGAUCGCGCUGCAGAUUAUUGGCGACUUCAAUUACGCCUGGGUCAUAAUCGGCAGCUACACCGCAAUGAUGCAGAAUGGAAUCAAAGAGGACCCCCUGCUUGUCGGCAGACUCAGAUCCAUCUUCAUCAAACUCUCUUCAGCGAUGGAAACGCCUCUGAUAAGAAUAAAUGAAUCGGGCAGCCAGGACCUGCUGCAAGUGUCCCAGUUUUAUUCAGGCCUGUUAGUAGCCUACGUGGGAAGGGUGCUGCACGUGAUUCCGCAAAUGACUUUCACGCUGAUGGCCAGAAUCAUCGACUUGCAAACCAACACCCUUGUCGAGUUGCCAACAAGACUGGACAAAGACGCGCUGAAAACUUACGCCCAAUUGAAUACUAGAUACGAGGUGGCUAAGCUGACUAACUCCGUAAGUGAGUUUGCUGAGGGAAUUUUGACCAUGAAGAGCACGCUCAUGGGCAUUUUGCGGGUUGAUCCAAAGAAGAUUUUCGAAGACGGCAUUCGGAGAGAGCUGGUGACUCAUGUUGCAGACACUUUGGACCAAAUUUUGGUGUUUAAUCCAAAAACAAAAGGAGAUCUUGAGUCAAAACUGAAUUCACUGGGCAAAGCGAUGGAUGGAUAUCAAAGAUCGCUGGGCUACAUGCAAGACUACGUGCGAAUGAACGGUGUCCAGAUUUGGCAAGAGGAAAUGUCCAAGCUGUUCGCCUACAGUUUGGAGCAAGAGUGCGCCGAAAUCAACUCUUCCUUCUCUCCUAAAACCGUGUCACCGAAUUCGGUUAAUUUCAUUGGUCGAUUAACAAGAGAACUGAUCAGAGUAUCAGAUCCAAAAACUACUUUUUACUCUGGUGAUAAGGACGCCUGGUGCGAUUCCAAGACGAAAGCAGAAGUGAUGAACUCGAAAACCUUCCUGGCCAUUUUCAACUCGAUUGGAGUUUGGGGUUUGUCAAGCGUAGACAAGGUGCUUGGCCACAUGAUUGCAGCUGAGCUGAAUUUCUUCCUGCACAACGUCUACAACGAACUCUUGCAGGACCGAACUAACCUAGAGCUCUUUGGAAAAAUUUCAAAAACGCUCUACUCCUCGGAGCUCAUAGUUAACCCAAUGAGUGCGUAUCCGCAACUGGCCAUGCGCCUGCAGAAAACGAUGCCAACCUUAACAGAGUCCGCCCUGAAAAUCGGCCAAAUGCAGAUGAUCAAGAAGAGUAUUUCGUGCCAGCUCAAAAUCUCUAUUCACUACAACGCGCAACAACUGAACAACGUCCUCAAAGCAUUCAAUGAUUGCUUGCUGACUGAAAUCAAAGCGCAUUACGUAGAUCCAAGGAGGGCAGCUCAUCCAAAAGAAAACGGCGAUUUGCUUCCCGAGCUGACCACCUACUUGGAGUGGAUCGGGGAAACGGAGCCGGCCCUGAAAAUCUACACUGCCUCGCGCAGCAUUCCAUAUUUGUCCCUCUUGAUGUUCCUGCUAACCAUUUCUCAAAUCAACAAGAUCAACUUUCCCAAAAACGGGGAUUCGCCGUCAGUGAGCGGCGGAAUUGACGGCUCGAUUUUCACCUUGGGCGUGCACACGGUUUUGCACCACUUCCACUCCAACGUCUACGAGCAGUUUUCCAAUUACUUCAGUCAAGCCAUUAAUUCCUACUUCAGUGCCAAUUUGCAAAACAACCUGAAAACCGGAAGCAUCCCUCAGGACAUAACAAACUGUGUUGCCUUCCUGGACAAGAUCUGCUUGCUGAACGGGUCAGAGCAGAAAACUGCGAUUUCAGAGGUCAUUCUUAGUCAGCCUUAGAGUGAAAUGCUCUCUAUAAUGUUGCCUGCUGGGUCAUUCAAACAGGUAUUAAAUUAUUAAAAAGACUGCGGUGCGUUGAGAGGGUACAAUCAAAAUCCAAUUUAUACUUUUAUAUUUUGUCGAUUAUAAAAAAUAUUUGCUUGAGAUGAAUUUCAAACAUCACAACUCUUUAUUGAAUGUACAGUGGCGCUAGAUUUAAUCAAAGAAAAAAUAAAAAUGCACUCUAAUUCCGUUUGAAA